AUGACCAAUCCCAGACCGAAGCUGUUCUCCUCCCAAGACUUCCCAUCCCUGCCGUCCUGCAGCCCCGCCAAGUCCGCUGCCGGCGCGGCGGCCGCGGCGGCCGCGGCGGCUGCGGCGGCUGCGCGGCCAGCGGCGGCCCGGCCGGUCCGCAAGGCGGGACCGGCGUCGCCGGUGGGCAAGGCGGGGGCAACGGGGCCUGCGGCACCCGCUGUGAUGGCGCCCUGGCUUAGGAUUCUAGUCACCAAGGAGGUCGUGCCCUGCGUCCUCGUGCCCCUGGCGCAGCUGCGCCUGCCCGCCGGCCGCGCGCCGCGCCCCGCGGCGCUCGAGGCGGCGCUGACCUUUGACAAGAGGGGGGGCGGGCCCAGGGAGCUGGUUCUGCUGGCAGGGGAGGGCGCGGUUGCGGCGCGGUUCGGCAGCGCGGACGCUGCCAGGGUCUGCCUGUGA